CCACCGAACGCCACCAUGCCGGAAGUCGAGAGAAAAUCCAAGAUUACCGCCUCCCGCAAACUCAUGCUGAAGAGCCUGAUGCUGGCCAAGGCCAAGGAGUGCUGGGAGCAGGAGCACGAGGAGCGCGAGGCUGAGAAGGCACGCUACCUGGCGGAGCGCAUCCCCUCGCUGCAGACGCGCGGCCUGUCCCUCAGCGCCCUGCAGGACCUGUGCCGGGAGCUGCAUGCCAAGGUGGAGGUGGUGGACGAGGAGCGGUACGACAUCGAGGCCAAGUGCCUGCACAACACCAGAGAGAUUAAGGACCUGAAGCUGAAGGUGCUCGACCUCCGUGGGAAGUUCAAGCGCCCGCCCCUGCGUCGGGUCCGCGUUUCAGCUGACGCCAUGCUGCGGGCCCUCCUGGGCUCCAAGCACAAAGUGUCCAUGGACCUGCGGGCCAACCUCAAGUCUGUGAAAAAGGAAGACACGGAGAAGGAGCGGCCCGUGGAGGUGGGCGACUGGAGGAAGAACGUGGAGGCCAUGUCUGGGAUGGAGGGCCGGAAGAAGAUGUUCGAUGCCGCCAAGUCUCCGACCUCACAGUAGAGGCUGACUUGCUGCACCGUGCCCGGGCUCCUGCUCCAGACUCUGGGCUCCUUCCUCCACCGCACUCACCCUCCCUGCCCCACCUCUUCCCUCCAGCCUGCACACCCUCCUCUGGAGCUGGGGUUGAACAGACACGGGACUGAGAACACGAGUGUGUGCAAACCCCGCCCAGCAGGAAGGGUUUCCAGCCCGCAGCAAAGUGCCCGGGGCUCCGGGCCACCUGGAGCCUAGUGAGCUGAGCGGGGAGACAGUGGGAGCACCUUCCCUCCACCCCCGUGACACUCCCUUCCCUGCUGCCAUGGCA